UGAGCACGGCAGCAGCAGCAGCCCCAGCAUCCCCCGCGUGGCUUCCCCAGGGCUGCGCUUCACCAGCUUCUACAGCAGCUCCCCGGUGUGCAGCCCGUCCCGGGCAGCCCUGCUGACCGGCCGGUUCCAGAUGCGCUCUGGGGUUUACCCUGGUGUGUUCAACCCGGACUCGCGGGGAGGCUUGCCGCUGUCUGAGGUCACCAUUGCAGAGGUGUUGAAGGCUGAGGGCUAUGCCACAGCCAUGGUUGGCAAGUGGCACCUUGGCCUGGGGGUUAAUGGCUCCUUCCUGCCCACCCACCAGGGCUUUGACCACUUCUUGGGGGUGCCCUACUCCCAUGACCAGGGCCCCUGCCAGAAUCUCACCUGCUUCCCACCCGACAUCAAGUGCUCUGGGACUUGUGACCAAGGCUUAGUGCCGGUCCCGCUGCUCUGGAACCAGAGCAUCGUGCAGCAGCCGGUCUCUUUCGUUGUACACUUCCCUGAUCUGGUGCCACUCUACAACAAGUUCUCCCGGGACUUCAUCGCUGACUGUGCCCGACGAGGCCUCCCCUUCCUGCUCUACUAUGCCUCCCACCAUACACACUACCCCCAGUUUGCAAGCCAGGAGUAUGCAGGGCAGUCACGGCGCGGGCCCUUUGGUGAUGCCCUCUCCGAGUUUGAUGGCUCAGUGGGACAGCUGCUGCAGGCUCUGGAGGAAAAUGGUCUUGCAAACACGACCUUGGUGUUUUUCACCUCUGACAAUGGCCCCUCCACCAUGCGGAUGGCACGUGGAGGCAGCUCUGGCCUUCUGAAGUGUGGGAAGGGAACAACAUACGAAGGUGGCAUGCGGGAACCAGCGGUGGCUUAUUGGCCCGGCCAUAUCACUCCAGGAGUGACGCAUGAGCUGGCAAGCACCCUGGACAUCCUGCCAACCCUGGCUACCCUGGCUGGAGCAGCUCUUCCCAAAGUUGCCCUGGAUGGCUUUGACCUGAGUCCAGUGCUCUUUGGGUCAGGGAAGAGUCCCCGUCAGACGAUGUUCUUCUACCCGCCGUCCCCUGAUCCACUGCAUGGCCCCUUCGCUGUCAGGCUUGGGAAGUACAAGGCCCAUUACUUCACCCAAGGCUCCUUUCACAGCGAUACCACCCCAGACCAGGCCUGCCACGGGCUGACCCCGCUGACCCCUCACUUGCCCCCGCUGCUCUUUGACCUGGAGUCAGACCCAGCUGAGAACUACGAUCUGCUGCAGAGAGGCGCAGGGCCGGAGCUUCUGCAAGUCCUGAAGGAGAUCAGACUGCAGAAAGUGCUUUUUGAACAGCGCAUGGAGUUUGGGGAAAGCCAGAUGAGGAAGGGCCGGGAUGCCGCCCUGCAGCCCUGCUGCGUUCCCAACUGCACUCCAAAGCCUUCCUGCUGCCACUGCUCCUAG